AACCAACCCCAAGUCUUCAUACACAUGUAUCAUAUUUUUGUAUAUAUAAGUUCUCCAUCAAGGUUGUUUCAAGCUCCAUUGUGGGUGGUUUUCUUUGUUGCCUCUCUAUUCAUUCGCUUUUAUUGUAUCUUCUUCUUCUUCUAUCCUCUCAUCCAUGGCUGAAGGUGUAGAGCAAAUACUUCAAGCUCAGAAAGAUACGCAUGCAAGGCAUGAAAAUGAAAGGAUGAUGAGAAAAGAUGAUGAUAAUGAUGAUAAUUCAAGUAAUACCGUAUCAACUUCUUCAACAUCAGAUUUAGCAGAUGACGACGACGACGAUGAUGAUGAUGCAUCAUCACCAACCUCAACCUUACUUUCUCCAUCUUCAAAUUCCAAUAAUGGUCCUUUGUUUCAGUUAUCUGACCUCAUGUCCCAUUUACCCAUCAAAAGAGGAUUAUCAAAGUAUUAUCAAGGCAAGUCUCAGUCUUUUACAUCUUUAUCAAUAGUAACAAGCAUUGAAGAUCUUCCAAAAAAGGAAAGUCCUUGCAGAAGAAAAAUGAGGGCAUCUAAAAGUUUUGGAAAUGGAUUAGAUGCUUACAAACCUUAUACACUUCCAAAACCUAUCAUAUCAAAGAAGGUCUCACGAAGUUCCUUGUCAUCUUCAUUUUUUCCAGGUAGAAGAGGCAAUAGUUUUCUAAAUAACAGCAGACCUCCUCUAGCUCCAAUACUAAAGAGGUUUUAAUCAGUAGAGUUAUGUAUAUUAUAUAUAUCUUGAGUUAUGUAUAUUAUAUAUUUCUUGAGUUGCUUCACUUGAUGUAGAACAAAUUUUUUUGACUGUACAUGAAAAUCUUAAUGAGAGAGUGGUAUAUUAUUUCUCUCUUUUCCUUUUUCUUCU